GGGAGGAGCCAGAGCCGGGCGGGAGGAGCCAGAACCGGGCGCAGGCGCCGCUCCGGCAUCCGCUGCUCGGCCGGGCCUGGCGGCUGUCCCCUGGCUCUGUGCCCCAUGGAUGGCGUUUUCCUGUCGCCCAGCGAGGAUGAGUUCGUGGGCAGGAUCGUGGAGGAGCUGGAGCACUUCAUGGAGCAGGGCCAGCACCACCGGGUGCUGCUCUUCCCACCCCUGUCCAGCCGCCUCAGGUACCUGAUCCACAGGACCGUGGAGAACAUGGAGCUGCUGAGCAGCUUCUCGGUGGGAGAGGGCUGGAGGAGGAGGACAGUCAUUUGUCACUCUGCUGUCAGGCUUCCCAGCGAGCCCUCCUGCGACCACAAGCCGGGUGCCAGCGCUGCCCGUGCGCAGCGCCCGGCGCAGCCCUGGGGCCGGGGGGCACGGGGGGCCCGGGGGCUGCGCCACGCCGGGGACACCACGCACGGGGACAGCGCCCGCGCCACCGUGGGCUCGGGCAGGAUCUCCAGACCGCCCCGGAGGAAACCAGAGCGAGCCCCGUUCGUGCCCCGAGGGGGCCGGAGAAAGGCGAAUUGGAGGGAGCGGGACAGCCCCGGGGAUGAGGCGGCUGCAGGAGGGGAAAACGGCGGCAGGAAUCCCAGCCGGGAGCGGCAGGAGCUGGGCGGGGCUGGGAAGGAAGAGCGUGUCCCUGGGAGAGGCAGCGCUGAGCAUCCCCUGCGUGGGGAGAAGGUGCCGUCCUCGGGAAAUGGCGGCGAUUCCUGCGAGCGGGAAGGUCGGGGUGAGGACUGUUCCCAUUCCCCAAAUUCUGCACACCACAAACACCCUCCUGAGGCAGAGGAGGAAGAACCAAGCCAUGGCAGCACCAUCGUUCCAGAGCACAGCAAACACCCACCUGAGGGAGGAGAGGAAGAACCAAGCCAUGGCAGCACCACCAUUCCAGAGCACAGCAAACACUCACCUGAGGCAGAGGAGGAACCAAGCCAUGGCAGCACCAUUGUUCCAGAGCACAGCAAACAUCCACCUGAGGGAGGAGAGGAAGAACGAAGCCAUGGCAGCACCACCAUUCCAGAAGGCAGCGACUUCCAGGCCCAGCUGCAGGAGGAGAAGCAAUCCAGCCGGGAUUCCAGAUGGUUGGAGUGUGGGAGGAGCUGUGUCCCUUUGGAGAACCACGGUGGCAGCAGGACAGCCCCAGGUGUGACGGCCCCAGGUGUGACAGCCCCGGGUGUGACAGACACUGUGGCAGAUCAGCAUUCCCGGAAUUCCCAGGGAGUCCCGGCUGUUCCCAGCCCCGGCGCUGGGCAGGUGGAGCAGGAGCCCCUGCAGAAGGUUCUGGAAGGUCCAGCCGAGGCUGUGGCUGCCCCUGAGCCGCUCCAUGAGGGAGAUCCAGGGCGGAUCCAGGGGAAGGAGGAAGAGGAGGACAAGGAAGGCUCCGGUGUGGCCGAGGCAAUGAGGAGGGGCCUGGAUUUGGCUGCAGGGGACAGAGAGGGGACGAGGCAGAGCGGCCUCGAGGACGACUGCACGGCAGAGCUCCUGGCUGAGAUCGUUGGGAACCUGUCAGUGAAGGACAUCAGCAUCGAGAGGAUCUCUGUGGAUUACUCUGGCUAUGGGGAGGCGCAGGUCAGCGAGGGGGACCUGGCCCACGUCACCGAGAUCUACGACUUCCCCUCGUCCCUGAAAACCGAGGAUCUGCUGGGAAUGUUCUCGGAUUUCCAUGAAAGUGGCUUCAAAAUCCAGUGGGUGGAUGACACCCAUGCCCUGGGAAUCUUCUCCAGCCCCUCCACAGCCUCGCAGGCCCUGGGCCGCCGCUACCCCUGCCUGAAGAUCCGGCCCCUGCUCCACGCCAGCAAACAGGCCAAGGUCAAGGCCCUGCAGAGACCGAAGCUGCUUCAGCUGGGGAAGGAGAGGCCCCAGACGGACACGGCCGUGGCCAGGAGGCUCCUGUCCCACGCCCUGGGCUGGAGGCAGCGGCAGCAGGAGGAGCCCUCAGGGAAUGAGGAUUUCCAGCCAGAACCCCUGGAUCAGGAGGAAUAAACCCCCAAAAAAACAAAAAUCAACCCCUGUUGAGGCUGUAAAGAUGAGCAUGGCCGUGCUAUUAAAUGCAUGCAGAGCAGGGGGGUGUUUCCUUUAGUGGGGUUUUUAUUUUGUUUUUUUUGGAGCCCUGGGAAGUGCUGGAAUUCUGCGUUGGGGGUUUAAAAAGCAUCCGGGGAAGGUGCAGGAGUGAGGUGGUUUCUUUAUUCCUCAUUCCUGCUCUGUUUUCCAACAAAAAAUAGGCAUUGAGAGUCAGAAAAUUGGGAUUUUUUUGGGGCCAAAGUUCAACUCCAAGCAAGGGCAGGAGUUGGAAAAAUCUGUUCCGAGUUUGUUGUGAUGUUGCUGUUGGGGCAUCCCAGAACACUGACGGGCAGUGAAUCCAAGUUUUAGGGGAUUUUUUUUUCCUUAUUUACAGAGUUUCAAGAGGCUGAAACUUCCCUGUUGGUGAGGAAAGUUGGGAUCUGCUCAUCAGGGAGAAAAAAAACCUCCAGGAUUUGCCUGUGCUGGGUUCAAAAUGAGCUUCCACCCCCAUCCCAGGCUCUGCUCCUGCUCCAGGCUGGAAUUCUGGGGGAAAACUGGAAUUUUCCCAUUGCCAGGAGGUUAAAACCUGCUGGAGCACUGGAGAAAUGACAAAUACUCAAAAAUAUUCCUGCAUUUUUAAGCCUCACAACGUCCCUGUGAGGUUUUGGGGGAAGUUUGGAAUUCCCUGUGGAAUCAGCUGGAAUUGAUAUAGGAGAGGACAGAAAACCCCCCAAACUUCCAUGAAUUGUGAGGAGAAAAUACACCAAGGGCUUCUGAAGUGAUAUUUCCUUUUUCCAGGGAAAAGGUUUUUUUUUUGGAGCUCUGUAGCAAAGUGUGUCCUCAGACAAACAGAGGGAGAGGCAGAAAUUCCCUCUGCAAGGUGAAGAAAAGAUGGAAUAUCCAGUCAGGAGGUGAUUCCUGGAUGGACACAGCACCUGUGGGAUGGGAAUUCCCAGCCCAGGGGCCUCACUCAUCCCUGGGAAUCUGCUGAGUGCUGGGUCGCUUCAGGGAGCUUUGAUUCCCUGGGAGAUUCCGUAUGAAAUUGAAAUUCCAUGUGAAAUUCCAUGUGGGAUUCUUGGUGAAAUUGAAAUUCCCCUGUGAGAUUCUGUAUGAAAUUGAAAUUCCGUGUGAAAUCCCAUAUGAAAUUCUCUGUGAAAUUGAAAUUCCCAGUGAGAUUCCUUAUGAAGUUGAAAUUCCCUGUGAAAUUCCCUGUGAAAUUCCGUAUGAAAUUCCAUAUGAAAUUCCAUGUGAAAUUGAAAUUCCCUAUGAAAUUCCAUAUGAAAUUCCAUGUGAAAUUGAAAUUCCCCAUAAAAUUCCCUGUGAAAUUCCAUGUGAAAUUGAAAUUCCCUAUGAAAUUGAAAUUCCCUGUGAAAUUAAAAUUCCAUGUGAAAUUCCAUAUGAAAUUGAAAUUCCCUGUGAAAUUCCAUACGAAAUUCCCUGUGAAAUUGAAAUGCCAUGUGAAAUUGAAAUUCCCUGUGAAAUUCCUUAUGAAGUUGAAAUUCCCUGUGAAAUUCCAUAUGAAAUUCCAUGUGAAAUUGAAAUUCCAUACGAAAUUCCCUGUGAAAUUCCAUGUGAAAUUGAAAUUCCCCAUGAAAUUCCAUAUGAAAUUCCCUGUGAAAUUGAAAUUCCAUAUGAAAUUGAAAUUCCCUGUGAAAUUAAAAUUCCACGUGAAAUUCCAUAUGAAAUUCCCUGUGAAAUUUAAGUUCCCUGUGAGAUUUCUUAUGAAAUUGAAAUGGCCGUGCCUGUGAAAUUCCAUAUGAAAUUCCCUGUGAAAUUGAAAUUCCCUGUGAGAUUCCUUAUGAAGUUGAAAUUCCCCGUGAAAUUCCAUAUGAAAUUCCAUGUGAAAUUGAAAUUCCAUAUGAAAUUGAAAUUCCCUGUGAAAUUAAAAUUCCACGUGAAAUUCCAUAUGAAAUUCCCUGUGAAAUUGAAGUUCCCUGUGAGAUUUCUUAUGAAAUUGAAAUUCCAUAUGAAAUUGAAAUUCCCUGUGAAAUUCUAUAUGAAAUUCCCUGUGAAAUUGAAAUUCCCUGUGAAAUUCUAUAUGAAAUUCCCUGUGAAACUGAAGUUCCCUGUGAGAUUUCUUAUGAAAUUGAAAUUCCCUGUGAAAUUCCAGGUUCUGCGUUUGCUCCCCUCCAGAGCGCGGCCGUUGUUGGAUCCAAGCGUUUUCACUGCAGUAUUAAAUUCAGCUUUUCACUG